GCUGUUACCUUCCAAACAAAACAAACAGAAUAGAUAUUCCGCAUGAUAUGCCAAUGCUACGUUUAAGACUGACGCCAAAUUAGGCCUAGUUGAUGUUUUAUUAAAUUUAAAAUAAAUGCAUUCAAAACACCCAUCUAAAUAAUCUUGUUGAAAUUUGUAUAAAUCUCUAAAGAUAUGCGAAGUGCGACUAUUACAAGAGUUUUGCUGGUUUCGAAAUGGAAAAAUUAUAAAACUUGUUCCCUUUCACCAGCCUUUUCGAAAAAUGACUUUCGCUUACACAUGAACUGGUCUACCAGAUCUUGUUCUGAAGUAAGAUGCAAAAGCAAGUAUGGUUUAGAUGUUGCAGAUUCUAAGAACCAUGGACAAAGACUUCGUUUAAGUGAAGAUGUAGAGCCAGUUUUCCAACCCAAACGUGCUGUCAUUUUAACUAAAAUGACAAGAUUUGAGUAUGAAAGAAAACUGUGUCAAUCAAUGACAGAUAAUGAAUUUAAGGAAUAUCUUAAUUCUAAAGAUUCAGAUUAUGUGGGUCUUCUUGAUCGUCAUAAAAAUCAUUAUGCAGCUCUAGAUAUAGUCCGAAAAGAGCUUUUGAAUGCAAAUAUUGAAACAAGAAUAGUUCACAGAUUUGAUUUAGUUCAAAGUGUUGUAGACUGGGCUGAUGUGGUAUUCACUGCUGGUGGGGAUGGAACAUAUCUUUUGGCUGCCAAUAAGUUUAUCAAUACCAGCAAGCCUCUGAUUGGAAUUAAUACAGACCCCGAAAGAUCAGAGGGUCAUUUGUGUCUCCCCAAAGUUGACUACCCAGCUACUAAAUUUGCAAGUGCUCUAAAGAAGCUUCUGGCUGGUGAUUUUGGAUGGAAAUGGAGACAGCGUAUACAAGUUACCAUGUCUGGAAGACAUAUAAAUGAUGAACCCAUUGAGCUACAUGACCAGCAGUUGAUAUUCCCUGAACAUCGGUUCACAGAACAUAUAGCUGAGGAUGAGCAAGUGAGGGUCCUGAAACAAAAUAGUAACGAGACUAUGCUUUUUCCAACAAGAACUUUGCCAUGUCUAGCAUUAAAUGAAUGUUUCAUUGGAGAAUCUCUCUCUUCAAGAGUCUCCUACUAUGAGUUCUCAACAGACACAAUAGCAAAAGAAAAACAGAAGAGUUCUGGUGUAACUAUUUGUACAGGGACUGGCUCAAGUUCAUGGCAUUUUCACAUAAAUCACCUUUCACUGUGCUCAGUACAAAAAGUUUUGUCUAUUGCUAAUGAGGUUUCUGGUGCUAACUUCCCUGUGAGGGAUCAGGCUUUGACAGAGACAGUAAUGAACUCAUUUAAUAGAAGUUUGAGAUUUGACCCAAGCGAACCACAUAUGGCAUACACUAUUAGAGAUCCUAUUCGAAAUGCUGUUUUCAAUGUUGAGCGUACAAGUGGAUUUGCUAAAAAAAUAACUAUCAGGUCAAGGAUGUGGGAUGCUUGCUUGGUGAUAGAUGGAGGAAUGUCUUUCAAAUUUAAUGAUGGAGCUGUGGCUACCUUUGAGAUAGCAGAGAAUAAUGCCCUGCGCACUGUGACUUUGGAUUAAAUUUUUGACGUCAUUGUCUGUUUGCUGUGCACUUUUUGAUCUUAAGUUGUUUUACCGAAUAGAUCUUAGAAGUUUUGCUUGGUCAGAUUUUAUUGUGAGAUAACUUGUCAUAUUUGUUGUUUUAAAGGAGCAAGUUCUAACUCAAGUUCACCCUAAAAAGUUUUUUUUAAUGAAAUUGAGUUUUGUGCUGAUACCUUACUGUCCCUUAUUGCUUUAAUAUUAAAGUAAAUUUACUUAUAAUUAAUACUCUUUUGUGUAGUUUUGUAAUUUAAAUACUAAAACUAUUGUAAAUGUUAAAAAAGAGAAAAAGAAAGAAAAAAGCCUUAAAAUUAUUACUAAAAUUAUUUUCCUGAGUUUUUCUUUUUACCUCUGUACUUAAUUUUUUUUUUCAUUUAAAAGGUUUUUCAUAGCUGGAGAUGUAGUUACAUUGUUUUUAAAAAAAAUCUGCACCAUAUCAGUUAAAUAACAGUAACAGAAAAAACUAAUAUUUACAUUUUAUCAACAUUUUUUUAAUUGUUCAGUUUUCACACUUAAAAGUAUCUUUUUUAAAUUAUGAAUAUAAGUUCCUUGUUCAUUUGUUAUUAUAAUACUUUAAUAUCUUUGUGUUUAAAAAUUCAAACAAAUAAUGCUAUUCUUAUGUUUAGCCUUGGUAUUUUUAAUACACAUGUAUAAUAAUCUGGACAAUUAAUGUUUGUAUUGAAUAAUUUCUUUUACAUUUUGGCAAUAAGUUUAAUAAAUUGUGUAUAUACUUACUGGAUAAAGUAUUCUAUCUAUGUGUAAUGUACUGUGUUUUUUUUGUUGUAAUUCACUGUAGAAAAAAUUCACUAGUUUUUCCUCAAAAAUAAUCACACCAAAAUUGAAUCAUAUUACAAAUGUUCAUAUUUACAUUUCAUCAAAGUAUACAUAAUUAUUUUAUUUCAGUACUCAUUAAGAUUAUGUGAUAUACUGUAAUUAUGCAAGCAACUUCUAUUGAAUGGCCUGAACAUUUCUAGAUGCAGGAAUCUUAAAGAAUUCUUAUAGAUUUUUCUAUCCUAAAAAAGCAUUUGAAAUUUAUAGAGGACUAACAAUCACUGUUAUUAAUAUUAGUACAAAAAUGUCAUUAAUAAAAGUGUUUCAGAUAUGAUAUCUUUUCAAUUGUUGAUACUUGUCUUUAAAAAAAUAAUCUUAUUAAAUCAAAGAGUUUUAGUUAAUUAUUUCUAAAAAAAAUAUUUGAUACAUGUAAUAUUCUUAUGUUAAUCAACUGACUCCUUCCUUAUACAAAAUGUAAAAAUGAUUUACACUUUAUUAUUUUAUUGAUUUUGUUUUUAACAAAAUAUUCUGACAGAAUUUCUUGUUGAUUUAAAAUAAAAUUGUUUCUUAAAAAAUGAAAUGAAUGCUAAUUGCAAAAUAUUCCUGUUUUUUUCAGAUCUCAGUCCUAUUUUUUUAAAAUAAAAAAUUAGCUG